ACAUCACUCGUUUCCCUGAUUUUGUGGCUCUCCAUCUCCGUCUCGUGUCCGACGUCGACACACUCAUCUCCGAUACAAGCUUUGUCUCCAUCUCCGAUCAAUUACGCUCAUCAUCUUCUCCUUCACCUUUGUCUCAUCACUUUGAUUCUCAGACCAAGACGACCCGACACUUCUCUUGAAUUACUUCUUUCAUUGGCGUUUCAAGAUGUAUACCUUACACUCCGACGAAACACAAAAUGGAGAGGAGAACCAAACGAAUGUUCAUUUUGAGGAGCAUCUUGACAAUGCUUCAGCUCCUAUGCAUACACAAGGACGUGAGCAAGGAAAAUGGGUGGUUAAUGUGAUAAGUUCAGAUGGAACUCUAACUCAAGAACGUCUUACUGCACAAGAUAUUUGGGGAAUGGAGAAUCGUAGAGCCGUUCUUGAGUUUGGUCCCUAUAACCAACCUGAAGAUGGAAGUGGAGGUAUAUUUGGUACAUGGCUUGGUAUGUUUAGUAAUGAUGUGAACAAAUUUCCUAUAAAUUAUGUGGACUGGAGGAAGGUACCAAUAUGGCGAAAAGAUGAGGCUUGGGAGUACAUUCAGUCCAAGUUUUAUUUUGAUGCUUCAAAUGAGAAAAUUAAGAAGUUUGUGAUGAAAAGCUUAAGCCAAAAGUGCAAAGGUGUUAAAACUCGUUUGUGGAAUACUUAUCGACGUAGCACUCGAGAGGAAGCUAUAGAGGUUCGACCAGAAUUUAUUCCAAAAGAGCAAUGGCAAGAUUUUGUGCAUUUGCAGUUUCGUGAAAAAGGUAAGACAUUGAGAGAGCAAAAUGUGAAGAGUAGGAGCCAUUACAAGACACCACAUACUUUAGGGAAGAAAAGUAUCUCUCGGAAGUCUAAAGAAAUCUUUCUCAAGACGGUUAAACGUCCCAGUCGUGGAGAGAUUUUUCUGUGUACACGUCAAAAAGCUAAUGGGAGUUUUGUAAAUGCAGAAGCUCGAGAACUAUCGGAGAAACUAGCUGAAAAGAUUACUCAAAACGCUGGAAACACUUCUGGGAGUAACAAUACGCCAAAUUCAAAUGAUGAUUUCGCUCAAGUAUUUGGGAGAGAACGGCCUGGUCGUGUUCGUUGUGUUGGACUUGGUCCCACUCCUUCGUCGUUUUUUCAGAAUCGCACCACGACACAAUCCAGUGAGGAACAGGAAGUGAUUGGCUUGAGGAAUCGAGUUCGUGAGUUAGAAGAUAAAUUGGUGAAGAUGAGUGAUUUGGAAGACAAAGUGGAUAAGAUGAAUGAAGUUAUAUAUCAACUUGCCAGCAACAACAAUUGCACUACUUGUAGAAGGGAUAGUGGUUAGAAAGGGAUGGCUUCAAGUAGAAGGGGAUGGCUUCAAGUAGUUUAUGACUUUAGUUUAUGUUGUUUUGCUUAUGAAAAUUCAGUCAUUCUUUAUUUCAUGACUUCAAGUAGUUAGUUUUCUGUUUUUCGUGAAUCAGUUCAAUUUCAAAAAACAGUGGAUUAUCAGUUAUGGAUAAUGCAAUACAGUUUUUUAGUUUGAUC